UGACAGCGAAAGUCCUUUUUUGUACGUUUUACGACAUUGCGUGAGGAAUGGAGUAUUUGAAACAGGCGCAACUACGUUUUCCGUAUUGUACAUAAGCAUGAAAAGGCGCAGGUUGGCAUGAAGAGAAUGAAGAAUGAGGCAGAGAGAACGAGAGAUUGCGGCAUGCGAAUGAAAUGAUGUUUUAUUCUGCAGUGUAGUGUCUGACGCAUAUAUUUUAAACUGCGCAAUGUAAUUGGGUAGAAUAUUUGCAAAGCUCAACUAGUGAAACGUUAUCCGAAACCGUAUUGUUCAUUUCACGAGCAUAUAUGAGUUACAAUUACCAGCAGCAGUGGACAUGCUGUAUUGCUACAUGCUAAUGUCAUUACUAUUACUCCUACUAAUGCGUUCAACUAGAGCUAAACCGAACCAGACAAGCCGGGCGCGUGUAUCCGGUCAUCUAUCAUGGAUCGAUGAUGUGCAAUAUGAUUUCAUCCCCCAACUCUUUUGCAUACACCGGGCCACCACCCUCGCCAGGUUUGUGGGCGGAUUGAAUGUAAAAGACGGUUCUGAUCUCUUGAUGAUAUGCUUCCAUUACUACUUGAGUCUAUUCGUGUUUUUCUCACUUAUAAUUGUGCUUACCAUUUCGCCGCAACACAUCAGAGCGGUGUAGUAAGCAAGCAAGGGCGUGCGGUAAUUGAAACUGAUCGACUUGCUGGUGAUCAUGUUGUAUCACUAAUGAAAUGCACGUGAGUUAAACCAGCUUCUAAGAAUAUGCGACAUACAAAACUUAUCGCUUUCAUUGGAGUUAAGGACAUUGGUAAGUGGUUAGUAUAGUGUAACUAGAUGUAAGGUAAAGCAGAUAGAUGGAGAGAUUUAAAAUCUCUGACAAAUACUUCUAUAUUAAAGAAAGGGAAAACUACUAGCGCGCGGGAGAUAGGGUCAUCACCACAUCUAAGCUAAGCGACCGAGGUGCGAACGAAGUGAUCUCAACACACGGUCGAUGACGAGUACCUUUAGGAUCAUUAAAAACUUAUGUCACGCUCUAUGCCAUGGCUGCAUCGAUGCGACACGAGCGCGUAGAAUUUGUCCCUCAUGCAUCUUGUCGUGAGCCCAUACGCCUGAAACUGUUGUGUCCUGAACUAGAACUAAAUAUGAUUGAUUGCACACGACGGUGUGUCUCUGUGCGCACACCGGGAUCGUUUAUUUUACUAAAAACCAAAUAAAACUCUACCAAUGCGUGAUACAACUAAUAAAUUAAAUGGAAUAAGCCGAGACGGUAGUGUAAUUAUAAACGGUCGUAAACAUAUUACUAUUAAACCAUACUCUCUCUCACACACACACGCGCACACGAACAUCGCAGCCAAGAUUGCAGCAUCCUGUGUAACUCCUCGGAACUGUCUUGCCCGACGCAACUGUAUAAGAAAUCAAUUCUAUUCAAACUAUAGUCAUUUAAAUUGUAUUUAAAACAAAGCUUGCUUUCGAAGUGCUAAUAAAGUGCGGUACAGUUUCCGUGGGUAGUAAAGCGGUGGGAAG